AUGGAGCCGUGCUCCGUACUUGACCUUGAGGCACUUUGGCCAGUGGUCAAUUCAGGCCACCUCGAAGGGAUGCCUCCGACAAUGGCUCCGUCAAACCUGGAACGCGCGCCGGUCAACAUGCGAUCUGAGCGACAUUCGGAUGAAUCUGGCCGCCCAAAGCCAGGAAGCAGAGAUAGGCACGUCCUCUGCGCGCAAGCCCGCGGUUGGGCUGUCAACGCUUACCUGCCGGCGUUCCGGCGCUCCUUUGCCAUGCCCGACUGGAGAGCAUCGUGGAAGGGCGAACGGCAACCGGAUGAUGGCCUUGCUUUCUCGCCGAGCCAGUUGCAAAUACUGAGAAUCAUGUCCCUCGUCAUGGCCUCCUUUAGCAUCAUCUCGACCAUGCUAGCGACAUUUUGGUUCUUCAGAGCGAGGCGGACUCUUCGACGCGAGUGCGUGCCCCCCCCCCACCCUCCCUCCCACGUCAGCUCCGUCCUCAUCGCCAUCUGCAUCGCCGCCCCCCUUCCCUUGCCUUGCUCAUUCAGGUUCCGGGGCCUCAUCCUUCUCCUCAUCCAAAGCGACCUUCUCAAGGCGACCUCCUGCGUCGUCUUCCCUGCCGUCGAGCUUUCUCGGGGAACCGUCACCCCGGCGUCACCCAUAUGCCAGCUCUCGGGUUUCUUCCUCACCCUCGGCAUUGAGGCCUGCGACAUGGCCGUCGCCCUCGUCGCCCUGCACACGGCCCUGUUCGUAUUCUGCGGCAGAAACGGCCUCUUUCCCUACCGGCGCAUCGCCUAUGCCACCUUUGUCUUCCUGCCCUUGCUGCUCACCUCGCUCGCCUUUGUCAACAAGCCUGCCUUUGCCAAGGCCGGUCCGUUCUGCUACCUUCCCGCGAUGCCGAGGUGGCCCCGACGAGUGCUCAGCUGGGGUCCUCGGUACGCGAUUCUCGUCACCGUUUGUGCCGCGUACCUGUCGACGUACAUCUACGUCAAGCUUCUCAUGAGGCGGUACCGAGAGCAGGGCGCCGCGAUGCCGGGCCGUCUGCCGAUCGUCGACGGACAAGCUGGGCCACGGGACCCUUUGUUCCCACCCACGGCGGUGCCUCUGGUGUGUCAUGGCCUGGUUGCGACAUCAGCCGAGGAGGUCUCGGAGCAGUCACCGUCGAGGGCGGCGGCACCGUCCGCCGGCAGGACGGAACGACAGGUCCCAUCUGCCGCCCCCGAGGGCUGCGUCGAGUGGGACGUGCCCAAGGCAGGCUUCGACCUGGCCGGGUCGGUAGCAAACCAUCGAGACGACGGAUCGAAUUCACAUUCGUGCCCUUCCCACGCCCACACGUCGGACUCGCAUCCAAGACCGUCGACGUUGCCGAUCUCGCGGGUCGGUGGCCACUCAUUCUCAUGUCAAAGUCCUGAAACGCAAGCGCAGGCGGAGGCGAAAAGCUGUCGAUGCUGCUGCUCUGUUGCCGUGACCGCCAGGGUCAUGGCGACGCGACCUUCUACGCCACCUCGCCACGUCAUUUCGCCGAACCAUCAACCGCACGGCACGCAAGUUCCCACCAUCCCCUUCCUCUCGCCCAUCGCCACAGACAUUGCCAAGACGAGAAAGCAGGUCCACCGACGGCUGCGGCAGCUCUUCGUCUACCCAAUCCUGUACGCCGUCGUCUGGCUCAUGCCCUUGGUCGCGCACCUCGUCGACGGAGACGGGACCGAGCCAUCGUUUGGCCUCGUCCUCGCCAGCCUCGCCAGUCUCUGCUCCCAAGGGGUCGCCGACGUCCUCGUCCUCUCCACCGUCGAGAAGCCGUGGAGACAGCCGCGUCGGGACAGCUGGUCGCCUUUGUUCCGCUCGCCUUUCUUUCGCCGCUUUACCCUCUCGCCUGCGAGCAUCACGAGGGCCAACGUCGGACGGACGCGCGAGGAGAUGCUCGUCGACGGCAUGACGGCGAGGCGCCGACGAGACGUCGAGUUUGCCGAGAGGCCCCGGAGACGUCGAGCCGCUUCCACGAGCUCGCCCCCCAGCUGGUGGGAUAUUUUGCUCGACGGCGUGGGCGACGAGGGAAACGGGACGAGCCCGGAGCUGGGCAUCGCGGGGGAGGAUGGCGUCGCAGUGCAGCGGGCUCACGUCAGUGGACACGGCAGUUGA